CGGCUGCAGCGGCGACUGAAGACGUGGAGAAGGUGAAGAAGGAAAGAGGCGGAGGGCGCGUUCCCCUCCGCUCUAUCUCCCCCAUCCUUCCACUGUCGUGGUUAAAACUGGGGUACAGACACCCAGACGCUUAGCUGUCGCCGCUCUCUCCACCUCCCUCCUUUCGGUGGUUGCUGCUGGCUGAGCUGCUGGGGCUACUGGACUAAGGAGUAGCAACAGCCCUGGUGGUAGCGGCAGCAGCGCCCUGCGGGAGGGGAGAGAUCAGCGGAGCCACUGGCUACAUUGACUACACAUACUCAGCAAGAGCAGGAAAGCAGCAGCGCGUUGGCUGCUGUUCCUUUACUGCCUGGAUGCUAGAGCUUCCCAAUCAGCCUGCCACGGGCACCCUAAAGGAGGAGGAAGAAGAGGAGGAAGGAUCUGGACAUCGGGGAUAGGAAGAGGAAGGAGAAGAAAAGCGACAAAGCGCUAGCCAUGGCCUCCAACUUUAACGAUAUCGUCAAGCAGGGCUAUGUGAAAAUCCGCAGUAGGAAGCUGGGGAUUUUCAGACGUUGCUGGUUGGUUUUCAAGAAAGCAUCCAGCAAAGGACCCAGAAGGCUCGAAAAAUUUCCAGAUGAAAAGGCAGCUUAUUUCAGAAACUUUCAUAAGGUAACUGAACUGCACAACAUCAAAAACAUAACCAGACUGCCUCGAGAGACCAAGAAGCAUGCAGUGGCAAUUAUCUUUCACGAUGAGACGUCAAAGACAUUUGCCUGUGAGUCAGAGCUGGAGGCUGAGGAAUGGUGCAAACACCUUUGCAUGGAGUGUCUAGGAACCAGACUGAAUGACAUAAGCCUUGGGGAACCUGAUCUACUGGCUGCAGGAGUGCAGAGGGAACAAAAUGAACGAUUCAAUGUGUAUCUUAUGCCUACACCAAAUCUAGAUAUUUAUGGGGAAUGCACAAUGCAGAUUACACAUGAAAACAUCUAUCUCUGGGAUAUUCACAAUGCCAAGGUCAAGCUGGUGAUGUGGCCCCUUAGUUCAUUGAGGAGAUAUGGUCGUGACUCAACUUGGUUCACAUUUGAGUCAGGAAGGAUGUGUGACACAGGAGAAGGACUAUUCACCUUUCAAACCAGGGAAGGAGAAAUGAUCUAUCAGAAAGUACACUCUGCAACCUUGGCAAUAGCAGAACAACAUGAGAGACUAAUGCUAGAGAUGGAGCAAAAGGCCCGGCUUCAAACCAGUCUGACUGAACCAAUGACAUUAUCCAAGUCCAUCUCCCUCCCUCGAAGUGCAUACUGGCACCACAUCACACGGCAGAACAGUGUUGGAGAAAUCUACAGUUUACAAGGUCACCGUUUUGGUUCCACAAAGAUGUCGCGGGCACAAACGUUUCCCAGCUACACCUCAGAACAGAAUGAAGAGCACCAGCAGCCCCUGUCGCUGUCUAGCAGCUAUGGAUUUAGCUACAGCUCCAGCCUCAUCCAAUGACACACAGAGAACCACUGUUGACCAGAGAGACAGUCUAGCCUGAAACCUGCCCGUAGGGUCAGGAAACCACUUGUACCCUCUGCAUCCAUGGAAGACCAAUUGCAGUGAAAACUGAGCUGUGUCAGUUCUAGUCCUGGUCACAGUUGAAGGUUAAAAACUGGAGCUUUGCUUCCUAGAGUCAGAGGCUAAGUCUUUUAUUUAUUGAAUUUCUUUGGGGAAUCUGUUUAAAGAAAUUGAUUUUGAAUUGUAAGAAAAGUCAUUUAAAUAAACAAAACCCUUUUGGUCUGAAGGCAGUAAAAGCCUCCAUAUGGUGGGAUGUUGCCUGGAUUGGGUAGUGACCUCUUGAGUAUGCUCGGUAUCAGGCACUUUCCACCUGCCUCCUUGGCUGAGAUUUCCUAUUUACACUCCCAAUGACAGAAGCUGUCCUUCGUUAAUAGUGGUGGGCCACUGGAGUCACUUCUGUGUUAGAGGUUUUGACAGGAAUACAAUCAGUGAACAGCAGAAACAAAUGCUGAAUCAAAACUGUUCAUAUAAACACAUCCCAUGAUAAUUAAAAGAACAAGAAAUUUAAAACACCAUGUUAAGCAGGGCCCCAUAGCUCUAUUCUGUGUGUAUAUGCAUACAAUUGUGUGUAUGUAGAAAUAUAGAGCAGGAUAUCAAU